CCUUUACAGAGAAUUGUUGUGCCAGAACUGUUGCAAGAGGCCAUUAGUACAAAAAAGCCAUGUGCUAUUGCAGUGGCAGUGUUCAGCGUUGGCCACUGGCCAGUGCAACAGGGCUCUUAACUGGGCCGCAGGAAGUUGUGUGGUCUAUUUAAGAGAAUUUUACUGGCCAUAUUACCCAUAUUAUCUAAGACAAAUGCAUGAAAAACUUUCUGUACCAAGCUACCAUAGAGAAGAUGGAAAUGUGAAUAAGUGCAGAAUGAAGGAAGUUUGCAGGCACAAACUGCCAACUUGGUGCUGGAAGAUGGAACCAAGAUGAAGGGCUACUCGUUUGGCCAUCCAUCCUCUACAGCUGGAGAAGUGGUAUUCAAUACUGGCCUUGCUGGGUACACAGAAAGUCUGACUGACCCCAGCUACCACGGACAGAUCCUCACACUGGUUAAUCCCAUCAUAGGAAACGGUGGUGUCCCUGAUACUACUGCUUUGGAUGAAAUGGGACUCAGCAGGUUCUUGGAAUCUGAUGGUAUCAAGGUUUCAGGUUUGCUGGUGUUGGACUAUAGCAAUGAAUACAGUCAUUGGAGGGCUGUCAAACCCCUUGGGCAGUGGUUGAAAGAAGAAAAGAUCCCAGCUCUUUAUGGGAUUGAUACCAGGAUGCUGUCAAAAAUAAUUCGAGACAAGGGAACUGUUCUUGGGAAAAUUGAAUUUGAAGGUCAGCCUGUGGAAUUUUUGGAUCCAAACAAGAGAAACCUGAUUGAUGAAGUUUCAACUAAGGAAGUCAAAGUAUAUGGCAAAGGCAAUCCAUUGAAAAUUGUAGCUGUGGACUGUGGAUUAAAGCAGAAUGCUAUUCGUUUGCUAGUAAAGAGAGGUGCUGAAGUGCAUCUGGUUCCUUGGAAUCAUGAUUUCACUGGAAUGGACUACGAUGGACUUUUUAUUUCUGGUGGUCCUGGUGAUCCAACCCAAGCUCAAGAACUAAUUGAGAAUGUCAAGAAGGUCCUAGAGAAUAACCGUCAGGAACCUUUGUUUGGGACCAGCUUGGGGAGUCUAAUCACUGGACUGGCAGCUGGGGCCUCAUCCUACAAAAUGCCAAUGGCCAACAGAGGACAGAACCAACCAGUUGUGAACAUGAUAAAUGGACAGGCUUUCAUUACUGCUCAGAAUCAUGGCUAUGCAAUUGACAGCAGCUCCCUCCCUCCUGGCUGGAAGCCUCUAUUUGUGAAUGCGAAUGAUCAGACAAAUGAGGGAAUUAUGCAUGAGAGCAAGCCGGUGUUCACAGCACAGUUCUACCCAGAUGGCAAUCCAGGACCAACAGACACAGAGUUCUUAUUUGAUUCAUUUAUUUCACUGAUCAAGAAGGGAAAAGGUACAAGCAUUGCUUCAGUAUUGCCCAAGGCCACAGCUGCAACUUCGAGAGUGGAGGUUUCCAAAGUUCUAAUCCUAGGAUCUGGUGGUUUGUCUAUUGGUCAAGCAGGAGAAUUUGAUUAUUCUGGAUCACAGGCAGUCAAGGCCAUGAAGGAAGAAAAUGUGAAAACUGUCCUCAUGAAUCCCAACAUUGCCUCAGUUCAGACCAAUGAAGUUGGCUUAAAGCAAGCCGACACAGUUUACUUCCUCCCAAUCACCCCACAUUUUGUUACAGAGGUCAUAAAAGCAGAACAACCAGAUGGGAUAAUUCUUGGCAUGGGUGGACAGACUGCUCUUAACUGUGGGGUAGAGCUGUUCAAAAGUGGCAUUCUGCAAGAGCAUGGCGUUAAGGUCCUUGGAACUUCAGUUGAAUCCAUCAUGGCCACAGAAGACAGGCAGAUGUUUUCGGAUAAACUGAAUGAGAUCAAUGAGAAGAUUGCUCCCAGUUUUGCUGUGGAAUCGGUAGAAGAUGCUUUAGAAGCAGCAGGAAAAAUUGGUUACCCAGUCAUGAUACGCUCUGCUUAUGCCUUGGGUGGACUUGGAUCAGGUUUAUGUCUGGAUGAGGAACAGCUGUUGGAUCUUAGUACUAAGGCAUUUGCAAUGACCAACCAAAUUCUUGUGGAGAGGUCAGUGGUAGGAUGGAAAGAGAUUGAGUACGAGGUUGUGAGAGAUGCUGCUGACAACUGUAUAACUGUCUGCAAUAUGGAAAAUGUUGAUGCUAUGGGAGUUCAUACAGGUGAUUCUGUUGUAGUGGCUCCCAGCCAAACACUUUCAAAUGAAGAGCUGCAGAUGCUACGGGAAACGACUAUCAAAGUUGUGCGCCACUUAAACAUUGUGGGAGAGUGUAACAUCCAGUAUGCGUUGAAUCCUACCUCUUUGGAAUAUUUUAUCAUUGAGGUGAAUGCUAGGCUUUCCCGAAGCUCUGCCUUAGCAUCGAAGGCCACAGGGUACCCUUUAGCCUUCAUUGCUGCCAAAAUAGCCCUUGGGAUCCCAUUGCCUGAAAUUGAGAAUGUAGUAUCGGGAAAGACAACGGCCUGUUUUGAGCCAAGCCUGGAUUACAUAGUAACCAAGAUACCUCGCUGGGACCUUGACCGCUUUCAGGGUGCCUCCAGCAAGAUUGGGAGCUCCAUGAAGAGUGUGGGUGAGGUUAUGGCUAUUGGGCGUACUUUUGGAGAGAGCUUUCAGAAGGCAUUAAGAAUGUGUCAUCCUUCGGUCAAUGGCUUCACAUCAUGCUUGCCAAUGAACAAAGACUGGCCUUCUAAUGUGGAUCUCAGGGAAGAGCUGGCUGAAGCUUCUAGCAUACGGCUGUAUGCAAUGGGAAAGGCUUUGAAUGACAAUAUGCCUGUAAAUGACAUCCAUAAACUUACAGCCAUUGACAAAUGGUUCAUCUAUAAAAUGCGUGAUAUUGUGAAAAUGGAGAAGGACUUACAAGGUCUUAACAGGGAAACCAUUCCAGAGGAAAGCCUGAGGAGAGCCAAGCAGAUUGGCUUCUCAGAUAAGCAGAUCGGAAAAUGUCUGGGAAUAUCUGAAGCACAGAGCAGGGAACUGAGGCUGAAGAAGAACGUAACACCUUGGGUAAAACAGAUUGACACACUGGCAGGAGAAUACCCUGCUGUAACUAAUUAUCUCUAUGUCACUUAUAAUGGACAGGAGCAUGAUGUAAAAUUUGAUGACCAUGGAAUGAUGGUGUUGGGCUGUGGACCGUAUCACAUAGGGAGCAGUGUGGAGUUUGAUUGGUGUGCCGUUUCUUGCAUCCGCACAUUGCGUCAGCUUUGCAAAAAGACAGUUGUAGUGAACUGCAACCCCGAGACGGUGAGCACUGAUUUUGAUGAGUGUGACAGGCUCUACUUUGAUGAACUGUCACUGGAGAGGAUCCUGGACAUCUACCAACAAGAGGCAUGUGAUGGCUGCAUCAUCUCUGUAGGUGGACAGAUUCCAAAUAACCUGGCUGUGCCACUCUACAAAAAUGGGGUCAAAAUUAUGGGUACAAACCCUCUGCAAGUUGACCGGGCAGAAGACCGCUCAGUAUUUUCAGCUGUUCUGGAUGAGUUACAGGUGCCUCAGGCACCCUGGAAAGCAGUUAAUUCCUUGGAGGAUGCUGUUGAAUUUGCAAACGUUGUUGGCUACCCAUGCUUGUUGAGGCCUUCUUAUGUUUUGAGUGGCUCAGCAAUGAAUAUAGUAUAUACAGAAAAAGAGAUGAAAAAGUUCUUAGCUGAGGCAGCCAGAGUUUCACAGGAACAUCCUGUUGUAAUAACAAAAUUCAUUGAGGGAGCUCGAGAGGUGGAAAUGGAUGCUGUUGCCAAGAAUGGAAAGGUGAUCUGUCAUGCUGUGUCUGAGCAUGUGGAGGAUGCAGGAGUUCACUCUGGAGAUGCCACUUUGAUGUUCCCUGUGCAAACAAUUAGCCAAGGAGCCUUGGAGAAGGUGAAAAUUGCCACCAGAAAGAUUGGGGAUGCUUUCAAUAUCUCUGGACCAUUCAACGUUCAGUUUCUUGUCAGAGGAAAUGAAGUGUUGGUAAUAGAGUGCAACUUGCGAGCUUCACGUUCCUUCCCCUUUGUGUCCAAGUCCCUUGGUUUGGAUUUCAUUGAUGUAGCAGCUAAAGUGAUGACUGGGGAACAAAUCUACGAGUCCACUCUCCCGACACUGGAAACACCCAUGAUUCCUUCAGACUAUGUUGGCAUUAAGGCUCCAAUGUUCUCCUGGCCCCGCCUGAGAGAUGUUGAUCCUCUUCUCAGAUGUGAAAUGGCAUCUACUGGAGAGGUUGCCUGCUUUGGAGAAAAUAUCCAUUCUGCCUUCCUGAAGGCAAUGCUCUCUACAGGAUUUAAAUUGCCACAGAAAGGAAUUUUGCUUGGAGUCCAGAAUUCCUUCCGUCCCAAAUUCCUAGAAGAAGCACAGCAGCUCCAUAGUCAAGGUUUUAAGCUUUAUGCUACAGAAGGAACUUUUAAUUGGCUCAGUGGCAACAACAUUCCCGUAUUUCCAGUAGCAUGGCCAUCAGAGCAAAGUGCAGACUCCACACUUCUUCCAAUCAGACAGCUCAUACAAGAUGGGAGCAUAGACUUGGUAAUUAACCUCCCCAACAACAACACAAAGUUUGUCCAUGACAAUUACCUGAUCCGCAGGACAGCUGUUGACAGUGGAAUCUCCCUCCUCACAAAUUUGCAGGUAGCAAAGCUCUUCACUGAAGCUAUCAAAUAUUCUGGAAAACUGGACUGUAGAAGUCUCUUCCACUAUCGACGGUUCAAUGGCAACACAGGAGCAUAGAAGAAUAUCUCACUACCACGUUUUCCUGACAAUGAAUUGGGAUUUCCGUUCAUGACUGACACAUUUUCCCAGUUCACUAGACUGCACCCUUAAUGAAUGGACUUUUUUUUCCGUCAAAUUUUUCAUCUCUGUGUUGGAGAUACUACCUCAGUAUUGAUAAUCUGGCAGAUUCUAAAUAUUGAAUAACAUUUUACCCUUCAACUUUAUUCCUUGCCAUUUUGCCAGUGAAUUCACAGGGAUCUGCUUCCAAAUACAUGCACCUAGAAUUUGGAUGGUAAAAUGAAUUCCAAAGAAUUCUCAAAUUCACUUGAAAUGUGAAAGAAUAAAAUCGGUAUCUAAAAAUCUUUGGUAUACUUUCUGUACAUUUAAAUGAUAGAUAGAUGAUAUAGAUAGACAGACAGACAGGAGUGAUAACUUUAUUGUUUAGAAAAAGAAAAGAGGAGUAUUGGUAUGAUCAAACGAUUCCCAUACCGAUGCAUAAAGAUAUAAAGUAUCGUGAGAUGCACACUGCGUUUUAACAAACAACUUAUUUUCUCUCCUGACCCCCAGAAUUGAUGAGACCGACAGGCUUUUUUAAGACAGGAGAAAAAGCAGGUGAUUCAUAUGUUCCCUGCUGUUCCUUUGAGAACUGUCCCUGUGUAUUUCCGUACCUUCCUUCAGAAGCCAGGGAUACAUUCAGAAAAUUUGCUAAGUCUAGUUCAAAACCGCCAUUUAACUGUCAUGCACCCUUAAUCUAUUUCCUUCCCACCACAGCUCAUUCUGAGGAAUUUCCAGCCCUCUCCUUUACAGCCAGUAAUCAGCUUUCUCCUGCUUGAUUUACUUCAGCGAUACUGCAAUCACUUGCUACUGAAUAUGAUGAAUGUGACAGGGACUGUUUCAAGUAAGGGGAACAGCAAUUCACUGCCUUUUGGUGACAGCUGAUGACAGUAACAACGCAGCUUCUUUUUGUUUGUUCUUCAUCCUGAAUUGGCCUGCUGUCUUCUUUUACCCAUUGGGGGCCACUUUCUAUUUUGCCUUGUCAUAUGAUACAGGCAUGCCUCCACAAGGCACUCUGGCGAUUAAAGGUGAUUCAUGCGGGAAGAUGUAAUUCUGUGACAACCCUCACAAAAAUCCUUUGUUACUUAAAAGAAAAGUAUCCUCUGAAUCUUGCAAAGAUCGGCUAUGUUUUAAUGUGCCGAAGGUGCCAGUUUCAGUUUCCACCUGGUAGGACUGGUUGGGAGUUAUGUCUGCGAACCCAGAGAGCCGUGAUAGUUUGCAGAGACAAAACUGAACCACAUGGACAGAAACACAGUUGCUAUAAACAGUAUGACUCAGUGAAUAGCAACUGUAUGUUCCCAUGCAUUUAACUUGUGUGAUUUACUGAAAAUGUGAUAAAUGGUGCAUGUCAUUCCAUGUUUGAAUACUUAGGGUUUAAUUUCUGCAGGUUUUGCCAUUAUUUUCCAUGUUACUACUAGGCCCUGGGAUAUGGGAAUUAGAGUGUCUUUUUAUUUGGGCAUACCAAGUGCCUUUCUAUUACUACUGUCUAGCUGAAAUCAUUCCCAGUAGGCAUGAGAUUAGAAUUAAGGAACAAAUUGCUUCUUAUGGCUUUCCUAAUCAAGGAGGAAAGUAGGCAUGAUCCUUUCCUUUUUCUCUUGUGAAGAAAGAGGUAGGACAGUCUUGACUGGCGCCAAAGAAGAAAGAGUUAAUAACCCAUUUCCCGCACAUGUCAGCCAUUCUGUGUGCACAGUGGUUAGAGUGAUUGACUGGGAUUUGGAAGAUUUAGGUCCUAGUAUUCAAAGAACCAGGAUGCUCACUGGAUUCCAAUGACACGUUUUCACCUUUGCUAAACUCACACACUGGGACAAGGUGGGGAGGAAGAGAGCCAUGUACAAUAUGACCUUUAUCUCAAAUGAAAGGAAAGGUGAAAUAUAAAUGUUAACCACUGUACUCCCACUCCACCACCACCAAUAAA